CCCGGGACGAGUAGUGACUGGCACGAGAAAGCGCCUUGAAUUCCAGAACACGAUAACGUGAAACUCCAUAACAAUGAUGGAUCUCAAAAUCUUUCAAAGCCACACAUGCUUAUUAGCGGAAACAUUGCUCUUGCAAUAUUGUUAACCUUGAGUUAUUGCUGCUAGAAGAGGUCUCUAUCAAGCUUGCAAUGAUCUCUUUGGUCGCUGUUCUGUUUGACACUUCGCACUUCGAGGCUUCAUAAACACGCUCCAAAAAGCACUAUUGAGAGGUGGAUGGAAGUAGGAAAGAAUACAAGAAUGAUCUCUCAGAGAGUGAUUGCUUUUACGUACUAUGCACAAGUUCUUGGAGUGCUCUUUCUUGCUCCAUGCUUGAGUCAAAGUUUUACCAAACAGCCAUCUUCUCAGCUUGGAUUCAAAAGUCUACAGGUUGAGUUUGAAUGUCAGGUUUCUGGUAUAGCUAAUCCAUCAUAUUACUGGAUAAAAGAUGGCACCAAUGUAACAAGAGGAACCCAGGAUGUUAAGAACUCUAUUUCAUCUCUUACUAUAUCUGGGUUAAAGUUCACUGAUGCUGGGCAGUAUGCAUGUGUGGCGACAGGGAGUGCCACACUGACGACUAGUACCGCGGCAACACUUACUGUUCGAGGUUCACCAGAUAUUACCCAAGGGCCUACAGGCACUUCGCCACAUGUUGGUCAAGAAGCCAUAUUCCACUGUAUCGCGACUGCGACCCCCUCCCCAUCUGUGUCCUGGACAAACCCUUCUAAUCAGCCAAUCAAUAGAAGUGGACAGUUUAUGGUGUAUGGCAAUGGGUCCCUGGUUAUUAGUGAUGUUAAAAAGGCAGAUGCUGGUUAUUAUACCUGCAUAGUAAGCAACAGUUUUGGAUCUGCAAAGGCAUUUGCCCAGCUCACCGUCUUAGAUGCCCCGGCUGCACCCUCCUUUACAACAACACCAACCAAUCAGACAGCUAGAGAAGGUUCAGACAUAACCUUCUACUGCAUGGCAUCUGGUGUACCCACACCCACAAUAACUUGGCACAAAGUGGGAGGAGUCAUCCUGAGUAAUAGAACAGACAAGCCACGCCCAGGGGCUAUUCGUAUACAAAGCGUCAUCCCUUCAGAUGAUGGAAGCUAUGUUUGUGAAGCCAUUAACUCAGAGGGGACAAAAAGAGCUGAUGUAUAUCUCCGGAUUGAAGGUUUUCCCAGAUUUACCCUCUCCCCGUCAGAUGUAGUGGCACCAGAGUUCUCCGAGGUCAAGCUUGACUGCCUGGUCGCAGGCGACCCCACCCCAUCUGUGUCCUGGAUCCUGCCCUCUGGUGCCAUAGCAACAGUGACAUCACCAGCAAGCAGGGUACAGGUCUUGGCAAAUCACACGCUUGUGAUCGGUAAUGCCACUGAGUCGGAGUACGGAGAGUACGUCUGUGUGGCCAAGAACAGUGUAGGGGAGAAGACACGGAAGGUGACAGUGUCCAUAUUGACUGUCCCAAGUUUCAAUUCCCAGCUGCUGAAUAUAUCCAGACCCAUACGCGACAACGUGACAAUCAUGUGCCCGUCACGUGGCAACCCAUCACCUCAUCACCUGUGGACCUUUGGUGGGAAAAUAUUGAGCCAAUCGCGAACACUCUCACUUGUGUCAUUAAAUGUGACCAAUCAAGGAUACUACACAUGUCACCUGAACAAUAGUAUUGGGAGUGCCGAACUCAGCUUCUUUUUAAGGGUUAUUGUGCCGCCGUCAAUCAAAGUCCCGCCAACCAAUCAGAGCGUUGCACUGGGUGCCACAGCGAGGCUGGACUGUCAAGCUGACGGAGACCCACCACCACUGAUGACGUGGGAGACGUCACAAGGCUCAGUGAUUGGCCAAGCACGCUAUACCGUGGCUGCCAACGGAACCCUGACUAUCACCAUGGCAACUGCGGGUGACACUGGGUGGUUGACUUGCACAGCUACCAAUGCGGCAGGGUCGACUGUGAAGAAGGCGUAUCUUACUAUCUCAGAUGUCCCUGUGUUUGUUCAGUUGCCCAGCAACCAAACUCUGGUGAAAGGUAACGCUAUCACACUACCAUGUCGUGCCACGGCUGCCGACGCGCCCGUGAUCACGUGGUUUAAAGCGGACCAAUCAGGGUUGCUGCAGCAGCUGACAUCAUCCGGUGUUAGCCAGGCCAACGGAGACCUUUCUUUUGCUUCUGUGACGCGUCAAGACAGGGGGAUGUAUGCAUGUCAGGCAUGUAAUGCCGCUGGCUGUACGAUGACACCGCGGGCCUCUCUGAAUGUGUUAUAUAAUCCGUUGUUUCCAGUCCCCCCGCCCGAUGUCGGCGUCAUUCAAGGCGAGGACGCCAAGCUCAUGUGCGCGCCAGACUCCAAUCCCCCGGCUACCAUAUCGUGGUCUCGGCCAGACGGUACCGCGUUGCCGGGUACUGGGUACGAGCAGGUCAUCGUUGGAGUUCAGCCGUCUCAUGUGGGAGACUACAAAUGCUCAGCGCGUAAUGAGUACGGCAGCACAGGGGAACAAACAAUCAGGCUCACCAUCGAAACUCGUGCUGUCGUCACAGACUUCACCAUGGAGACAAGUAGCACCGACCUCGUGACCUGUGACGUAACAGGCACGCCAGCCCCCACCGUGACUUGGUACCUUGGUAACGUUAAGCUCCCCCAGAAUGCCAAGUAUCCGGGUUACAGCGUGACGCGUGACGACAAGCUGCGCCUUCCUAUUGGGACAUUGAAAAACAAUACAUUCUACUGUAACGCAAGCAACCCACAUGCAUCGAUGCGCUUUUUAGCCAAAGUACCUGCUCCCCCGGUGUCCGUAGCUGGGUCUAGUGUGACGUCAAGUUCCUGCGUAGUCACGUGGUCUCGCCCCAGCCCCCAGUACCUCGUCACUCACUAUGAGCUUGACAUGUGGUCAGCGGAUGACGGCUCGUGGAGCGUCCUCACAAACAGCACCACGGACCUGUCGUAUCCAGUCCUUCAGUUGUCCUCGGACACAGUGUACCGCUUCCGCGUAAGGGCUGUCAAUGGCCUGGGGUCGAGUGUUAAUAGCCUCCCUUCAGCAAAUGUGACUACUCUUUCCGCCGCGCCAUCGAGCCCACGUGAUACGCGACUCACAGUACGCAAUGCAAGCGUUAUCAUAGUCACGUGGUCUGCCCCUCAGGAGCCGCACGGACCCAUAGGAGAUUUGAAGUAUGACGUCACUUAUCUUCCCAAGAACCCUAACGCUACCAACGAGUUUCGCAUUGCGCAUGACCCAAGUGUGCGACCGCAGGAGUUUACGCUUACGGAAUUGGCUCCUGAUACUAGAUACAGUGUGUCUGUUCGUGCGGGCAGACGAAGACAAGAAGAUGGAGCAGAGUUAUGGAGUGAAUGGGUCAAACGCAGUGCAACUACUCCUCAAAUAGUACCCAUCAUUCGGCCCAUCGAUCUCAAGAUGUACCCGAAUGGCGCGACUCAGAUUAUGCUGCAGUGGAAGAAACCCCCAUUCUCGAUAAGUGGGUACUACAUCUGGUACAGGCUCACGCAUACUGCAGCACACAAGAUGGUGGACCUUUCCGACGGUACCGCGGACACCUACGUCAUAAUGGACCUUGAGCCGGACACACAGUAUGAGGUCCGUGUUCAGAUGUACAGUAACUCAGGUAUUGGACCGCUGUCACUCGCACAGGUGGUCCGUACACAAGUAGAUGCAUUCAGUGCUGGGUACAGCCGGAAGGACCAAGGUCUUAGCUGGAAAGUCGCGGUAGGGGGUCUAGCACUAGGGCUGCUCUUGUUGAUUAUCGUGGCUGGCAUUGUGUGGUACCGGAGGAGAAACAGCACAAGACACAGGCAAUCGUUCCGUAUCUCUGCUUCCCGUAACAGACCUACAGACCUCCUCGCUAAAAGAUCACAUCGUCAUGCAGACCACAGCAAUGUUCCAGUUAGCGGCAUUCAAAAUGACGCGCUUGAUCACGACGUCGACUUUGACAUGUUCGAGCACGGCGCGCAUUCUCCCCAACCCGAACCCCGACAAGUCAAGCACAUGGAUCCCUCCCAGCUCGAGUUCAGCCACCAAGGGGGGGAGGUAGAGGCCGCAGUGUCGCCCGGUGAUCCGGAUGUGUACUUGGAGAGUUACUCCCCACGGGGGGAGGGGGAUUACACAUCGGUGGAGAACCCGAUCCGUGGGCACAUUUACAACGCGGUCGAAAAUGAAGUGCAUGAGGACCCUCAAGGAAAUGGUCUCCAGACCGAAGAAAUAACAGUGGGGACUGUCAAUGCCAUCCCUGUAUAUUCUCAGGUGGACAAAGCAUCUAAGAAAAACCGGAGGAACAAAGGGGACACAGCAGGGGAAUCUGAACGAACACCUAUUAAUGAUGUUCCUACUGACGAGCAUCCUUACGAUGAUGCACAAGUAGGGAGAGACAGCCCAAAAGAUGACGACGCUAUUUUGAACCAAAUCGAUUCACCGAGAUCCGACAAUGACUCCAUAGCGGGGGAACCUUCUCACUUGAACGAUCUCAACCAUCCGCUCUCCUUACAAGUCAAAAUACCGCCCUUCCCCGAGCGUAAAAAUACUACGGCAUCUGAAGUGUCGAUAGAGUUCCCCCCACCUCCGCCCCUAGACACGCUACCAGACGAGGAUCGGCAAGCUGUCGAGGGGUACAGCCCUGUAGACAGCGACGUAUCAUACCCCUGGCCACCAGAAAGCCCCGUGCCUAUGAAACCCCCUAGGACAUUUGAGGAGUACCCAGAAGACGGGGGCCGCUCGGAUGGCCCUGAGUAUGAACAGUAUAGGUCCUUUGAGCCACACCCAGAUAUUGGUCCCGAGACCGAAAAACAACCAGAUAAUGGUCCUUCAUCUGGAGCUUACCCAGAUGAUGGGCCUUUUAGGGAGGGCCUCUCUGCACAGGGAACAAAUGAGAACAAAGAUAACGUACCUCUUGGGGACACCCCUGAGGAUAAGGUCCCUCGUAAGAGGCGAAUGGUCGCUGAUUGGGGUGAUGAUGCCCCGAUGGAUAAUUUAUGGGAACAACUCGAUAAAGAGCUUGACUUGCGGCUUGGGACAUGAUGUUAAAACACAAAGUAUUUUUUUUUAUUCCAGCGAUUUCGAGUAUUCUGUUGAUUCUAAGAGUUUGGCUUUUGUCUAUCAAAACACCACGAUCAAGUUAAUUAAAUCAAGCAAAAGUUUCGUUAAACUGCUGUGUAAUGUACGUUUAAGAAAUCAUAGUUAGAUAUUUUAAGACAAUUAUUAGCUAAACAAUCCACUCUGGAUGCACAAGCUCUAGGUCUUUCUAAUUGUUCAAAAAAGUCAAAUGGAAAGACCCUCCUGUAUAUGUUGGGGGAGGACUACCACUGACUACCACUAGCACUUGUCUUUUACUAGCUAUGUGAAACACCAACAAUCACCUACAAACAACAUUGAAAUUACAUAAUCGUAAUCAGUAAAAA